UAACACCACCUUCUUAAUACACCUUGACAUCUGCAUUAACAGGUUUUACCAGCAGUGGCAAAUUUUUUUAAUUAAUUUUGUUUGCUUGCAACAUCUGUGUAUAGUUCCUUAAUUAAACCCAUACUAAAAAUUGGGAAUAAACAAAAUAAAGUAACAGAUAAUUCCAAACUUGUUGUAUAAAACUAUGAGCGCUGAGACAAGUUCUUCCUCGCCAACCGCAGCUGCAGAAAAUACUACCACCGCCCCCUCUACUAUAGAUGACAGUGAUAACGGUGAGCAAAUCAUAAACUGGGUAGAAGAGGCAACUGCUAUAAUUAAGGAUGUGAGGACACAUGUAGCUGAAAUAGAUAUAUCCAAAAAGUUGCCCAGUAAUGAAUCACAUAUAUACCUUAACAUACGGACAUUUGAGGGAGCCGCCUACUGUGUACAUGUCUCCAGUUUAGGAUUUCGAAUUGUCUCCGAGUUCUAUGACACUAUAGAUACCGAUAAAGAGGAGUUGGAUGAGGAGGAAGAAGUGUUUGAAACACCCUAUGCUUUACUGGAUAAAAUAAGCCCACGUUAUGUGGAAUCGUUUGGCAAUCAACUGUGUAAACAGCUAUUGCAUUUACAACAAAUGAGAACUGAAUUUAAUGAGGAAGAUGAAGAAGGCUUGGAGGAGGAGGAAGAAUCAGAAGAGCAGGAAAAUAAAAACACCAAAACUUUAGUGUAACAUUAUGGCAAUAAACGGAAAGAAUACUACAUAUAAGCACCCCCUCUAACCUCCUGUCUCUAGCAACUAACCAACUGAAGAUAGUUUAUUCAGUAUUUGAAUGGAAUUUCAAACAAAACAACAAUGAAUGACCUCGAUUAAAUUCAAAUAUAUUUUUAUUAAUAGGGGUCAUUUUUUUGUUUGUUGUUGUUUGUAAUAAGCAAGUGAGAGCGAGUGUUCUUAGUUUUAGUGUGUGUGUUUAUUUGUAUUUUUUUUAUUUAGAAUUGAUAAGUAUGUAUUUGUAUUGUAAUAAUUUUUGUUUAAUUUAAUUUAUAAUGCAUAUUUCAAUGCAACAAUAGCAACAGUGUUGGCUUUGUUUAAUAGAACAUUUCCACAUUCUUCUGGUGAACCCAAUUGUAUGAAGCUCAUGAUUGAUUAUUGGUUUGCCACCUAACUACAUGUACUUUUUUAACUUGUUGACAUUUAAAUUGUUUUGUGCAUUUUAGAAUUUUAAGCGUUUUAAAAAUAAAGAUUGUGAUUGCAAUUCCAAA